UCCAUUUGCGUGGGAACCAAAACCUCUUGUCACACGAUCCGCGCUCUCUCAACUGCAUCACGAACAAAAACUGAUCAGAAGCAGCACAAAAAUGAAGUCUAUGUAACGCCUCCUCUCUACAUAGAACAAGACGAAGACUCCGCUGAUAGGAGAGGCGUUACUGGUGGUGGCAGCAAGAUGACCAGCGGUGGAUCUUCGGGGAGGAUGCCAACAUGGAAGGAAAGAGAGAACAACAAGAGGAGGGAGCGGAGGAGAAGAGCCAUAGCUGCUAAGAUCUACUCAGGUCUUAGAGCUCAAGGAAACUACAAGCUUCCUAAGCACUGCGACAAUAACGAGGUCUUGAAGGCUCUCUGCUCCGAGGCUGGUUGGAUCGUUGAACAAGACGGCACCACUUAUCGAAAGGCAUACAAGCCAUCUUUAUCUCCGGCAGAGAUGACAGGAACUUCGGUGAACAUCAGCGCUUGCUCUUCUGUUCAACCAAGUCCACAAUCCUCGUCGUUCCCUAGCCCUGUACCUUCCUACCAUGCCAGUCCGACAUCAUCUUCAUUUCCCAGCCCGACCCGAUUCGAUGCCAACCCGUCUAUGUACCUUCUACCAUUUCUUCGUAACAUUGCUUCCAUUCCGAAUAAUCUCCCUCCUCUUCGAAUUUCCAAUAGUGCCCCUGUAACUCCUCCGCUUUCUUCCCCUACUUCGGGUUCGAAGCGAAAAAUUGACUGGGAAUCGCUUUCAAAUGAUUAUCUAAAUCCUCUUUUCAACGCCUCUGCUCCUUCGAGUCCUUCACGCCGUCUCCAUCUCAAGCCGGCCACGAUACCGGAGUGCGACGAAUCUGAUACGUCCACCGUUGACUCCGGUCGCUGGAUGAGUUUUCAGACGGUAGCGCCUCUGGCUGCUCCGCCUUCACCGACAUUUAAUCUUGUCAAACCUUUGGUUCUGGAGAGUGAUUUCCGGGAUGUUGCUGCAGAGAAGGGGAGGGGCCCAGAGUUCGAGUUUGAAAAUGGUAGGAUGAAGCCAUGGGAGGGUGAGAGAAUUCAUGAAAUUGGUGUUGAUGAUCUGGAGCUUACACUCGGGAGUAGAAAGACGGGGAGUUGAGGUUCUGGUGCUGAAACUGCUUGGGAAUUAAGGAGAUAAAAACCCAUGCAAUUCAUUCUGUGGGCUUAACAGUGCCAAUUGCGUAGCAUUUCAUGAUGGGUCUCUUGCUAUUUCUGCUAUUGGAGGCUCUGAUUUACUUUUAUAUUUGAUGCAGUGAAUAUUUGGUUUUCAUAUGUACAGUGUUUUGUUUUCUGGAGCCAUUUUAGGAUCUUGAAGCUACUAGAUAAUAUUGCUCAUGAGCAAGACAAAUCUUCAUGGAAGGACCACAUUUCCCAAAUUUUCAUAUGAAGAUCAGCAUGAAGCAGGUGAUUGGAGUUUUCUUUCUCCCUUCCCUUGCUUACGUUGGAGAGUAAUGUCUUGAAUUCCUCAUUAAUCGUCGGAAUCUCUUCAAGUAUCGUGACUAUCUGGUCUUGUGAUCUCAAAUUCUAAGGUUCUGUUUUUUCAUUCUGGGUAAUGCAAACUAAAAUUAUUUCAAUGUAGUUCUUAUACUUUGACAUAUCAUUUUCAUCUUGUGCACAAGAGAUUGUAACGUAGCCCGUUCCUAGUCUGGUUAGAGAGUAUUCUGAUGUGAUCAUCAAUCCUGAAGUUUAUAUUAUUAUGUGAUUCAUAUAGCCAUGGCCAUGCCGAACA